CCUGACCCUCGAGCUGCGCGUGUUCUGCUCACGUGACCACUACGGGGGCAACUGUAGCGUGCACUGCAAGGCUCAAAACAGCAACAUACACGGCCACUACUACUGUGACGGGAACACGGGGGCCAAGAUCUGUAACCCUGGCUACUCCGGGCGGAAGUGUGACAUUGACAUCGACGACUGCGCAAGUCAGCCGUGCCUCAAUGGCGCCCACUGCAUAGACGGCGUGGACAUGGUCGACUGUAUUUGUCAGCCUGGCUAUCAAGGAGAGCUGUGUGCUGAUGACGUGGAUGAGUGCCUAAUGGACAUAUGCAGCAACAACGGCACGUGCAUCAACUCACCAGGCAGUUACCGCUGUGAGUGUACCACAGAGUACCAGGGCCCGCACUGCACACAGGAUGUGGAUGAAUGCGGUUCGAAUCCCUGCCAGAAUGGAUCCAGUUGUGUCAACCUACACGGCAGUUUCCGCUGUGACUGUGUCCGAGGGUUUGAAGGAGAGCUGUGUGCUGAUGACGUGGAUGAGUGCCUAAUGGACAUAUGCAGCAACAACGGCACGUGCAUCAACUCACCAGGCAGUUACCGCUGUGAGUGUACCACCGAGUACCAGGGCCCGCACUGCACACAGGACGUGGAUGAAUGCGGUUCGAAUGCCUGCCAAAAUGGAGCCAGUUGUGUCAACCUACACGGCAGUUUCCGCUGUGACUGUGACCAGGGGUUUGAAGGACCCCUGUGUGCCACUGACAUCAAUGAGUGUGACGACGACUACAACAACAACAACAACAACACCAACGACAACGACUACAACAACAACAACAACAACACCAACGACAACGACAACGACAACAACAACAACAACAACAACAACAACACAAACGACGACAACAACAACAACAACAACAACAACGCCACCCUGUGUCAGAACGGCGGCCUCUGCGAAAACACCAACGGCUCCUACCUCUGCACAUGCGCAGUGGGCUUCCAGGGGCGCCAUUGUGACGUGGACGUGGACGAGUGUGAGGCGGACGUGUGCGUGAAUGCCACCAACUGCACCAACACUCACGGCGGCUUCCACUGUAGCUGUGGGGGCGGGUUCACGGGCCAGCUCUGUGACACCAACAUAGACGAGUGUCUUCUGGACGUCUGCCAAAAUGGCGGGAACUGCUCCGACACCAUAGGAAGUUUCCUGUGCGCAUGCCCAGACUACUGGGAGGGUCCUCGGUGUGAACAGAACGUGGACGAGUGUGAGCGGUCUCCCUGUUACAACGGCAGCGUGUGUGUGGACAUAGAGCAAGGAUUCCGCUGUGACUGUCCUCAGGGGAUGUGGGGGGACCUGUGCGGUGAGGACAUUGACGAAUGUGCCAGGGACGUGUGCAGAAAUGGCGCGAACUGCACCAAUACGUUUGGGUCGUUUGUCUGCUCGUGUGAGCGAGGCUGGUCCGGGGAGGUGUGUGACGUAGAUGAGGACGAGUGCGCGUCAGAGAUCUGUGAGCACCAGGCUGUGUGCGUCAACAUGGCGGGCGGCUACAGCUGCGAGUGUCCCAGAAACUGGACAGGCGACAGGUGUCAACUGGACGUGGAUGAGUGUCGCGGGGAGGACGUCCCUUGUCGGAACAACGCCACGUGCGUCAAUCUGAUUGGCUCGUUCCACUGCGAGUGUCUGGACGGCUGGCAGGGCUAUGUCUGCGGGGAGGACGUGGAUGAAUGCCGCGAGGUGGCGCGGGUGUGUGAGGAGAACUCCGCGGGGAACAACUCCACGGGGAACAACUCCGCGGGGAACAACUCCACGGGGAACAACUCCACGGGGAACAACUCCACGGGGAACAACUCCAGCCUUUCUGCCGGGACCAACGAGACGUCCUUGGUUACCUCCCAUUUUGUUUGUGUCAACACCCAGCCUGGCUACAAGUGUGUUUGUGAGUCUGGCUGGACAGGUGACCGCUGUGACGUAGACAUCGACGAGUGCAGCACACCGACUGACCACGACGCCUGGAACAACACGUCAAUGGCACCCGGUGUCCCCGGGUCACACACCGAGGUGGUGACGUCAUAUGACGAGGACGAGAACAAGUCGGUCCAUCUGGUGCCGACUGAAGAGAGCGCGGAGCCGAAGAUGUCUGUCCCCUUCUACCUGGCUUGUCGACUGGGGCCUAACGACUUCCAGACCGUGGACCGGGAGUUUGUGAAGCUUCUCAGUGACGUCACAGGCCUGGCGCCUGACGUGUUCUCCGUGUCCUACAAGUUUGAGUUCACACAUCUGGAGGACGGGAAUCUUCUGGCUUCAGCUGGUACCCGUACGUGAUCGCCGGCGUGGCCUGUUGUCUCAUCGCUGUCCUCAUCGUCUUCCUUGUGGUCUGGAGACGGAGGACCCAGCAGUCCGCUCCAACAACCCGGACAGCCCAGGGGAACCGCCGCAGGAGACAACUCUGGGAACGUUUUCCGGUGAGUACUGCAGUGCAGACGUGGGCUGGACGCCAGUGUGCCAGGCUGGUCACGUGUCUGAGGCUGGUCAAGGGACAGCUGUGGGCGGGACGGACAACAAUGACGUCAGUUCCCCCAACACCUCGACAGACGAGCCAGCAGCAGCCAGUAGCCGCCGCCUUCCCCCCAGCCCCACCCGCCACACGCCCCCACCACCUGACCACUGGUACGCUUCUAUUGACGACAGGGUGCUCACUGAUGACGUCACGACUCCACAACCGCCAGGCCACUACGAGCUAGAAGAGACCCCGCCCACACACAUUAACAACCCACUGGACCUCACACAGCUGCUACAUGUAUCUGCUCCCUCUCAGCAAAGUCACUGCAAACAGUUCAAUCAGACGACCACAGAACUCCCAGCAGAGCAGGCCAGGAGUAGGCCAUCUGUGAACGCCUCAUUAGCACAAGAAAAACUACCACCGAAAUCUCUGAGCCGCAAAGCAGCAACGAAAGAAAAUAGUGACACAAAACCAAAAGAGAAACGAGAUCGAUUUGAAGAGCCGUUGGAAACAAUUCUCGGCUGCCUGUUUGAACCUCCUCCUACUACAGCCAACCCAAGUGACGCCGACAGGCCAGGGAAAAGAGAACUUCCCCCAGGAUCAUCGCGGGAAACCGUCAACACCCAGACGACAAGCGAGCCCAGGUACAAAGUCCCCCCCAGCCCCCACAGAGCCCAGCCCAGGAGAGACACAGCGGACCCGUUCCCACACCUCCCCUACAUAGACGACCUGUCACUGCCUCAGUUUGUGUGAACGAUCCUUGACUUGGUUCACACUGGAUCCUCUUAUAAAUUCAUUUAGUAGAUAAAUGCCUCAGUUUGUGUGAACGAUCCUUGACUUGGUUCAUACUGGGUCCUUUUAUUCAUAUUAUCGAUUAUGUUUGGCUCUACCUGUAUAAAUGGUUUCUUGAAAAUUUCUCAACAUGAAAAAACCAACCCACAAACAAAAACAAACAAACAAACAACCAAACGUACAACCAAACAAAACAACCAAACGUACAAACAAACAAAACAACCAAACGUACAAACAAGAACAAAAAAACCUGUCUGGUUUAAAUCAUGACAGAAGACACAGACGUGAGACUAUAACUACGAUAUUUUUGUACUUCUCAUGUUGCUUUCAGACCGGAUCGACGUGUUCAUAUCGCUGCUGUCAUGCUCUACCCUUGUUACUGCCUUCCCCAUCCUCCUCCUCCUCCUCCUCCUCCUCCUCCACAUUGUCUUCAUUUUAUCGUAGUUGUACAGUUUAAAAAAUAUAUAUAAUUGGAGAAUUCAAUUUUUUUUAAAUUUGCACAAUAGAUGUAUUACAAACAAAGUUCAACAUUUUUCCCAAAUUCAAGAUUCACCAGGAACAUUGCUACGUGAAACAGCAACACCAUAGGUUAUCAUCAUCAUCAUCAUCAUCAUCAUCAUCAUCACUAUCAUCGCUACUUUUGCAAACGUGUAUCUAGUUUAACGCCAUGUUCCAACAUUCCCACUGUACUCAGUUGCCAGCGUUCCUUCAUCUCCAACAUUCCUAUUUCAACUCUUGUGGACACUUGUCAUACUUUGUCAAGUCCAUGUCGGUGUUUUUGAGUCCCCAUCGACACAAAGUAGACUAUUUAGGAGCCACGCUAAGACCUUGCCUAUCAAGGCCAGCCCGGGCUAAGAGAGAUUCAACGUCCCAGCAGACAGACCAAGGUAAUACUCGAUAAAAAUCCUCCCAGCACAGGAAUUGAACCUGGGUCUCCUGCGUGCAACAGUAAAGUACCUAACUACUACACCAUAGGGGCCGGUGGCUGCUGUUCUUCCCCACGAACACUGUACAAACAAACAUGCAACAAAACAUCUGCUGGCCUAUCAUUUCCUUUUUUUUGAUGAUCUUUUGCUCUAACUGACAUUACUCAACUGGAAAGUCACAAGACAACCAUUCUUGUACGAAUCUGUUCAAUGAAUACAUGUACACCUGUCAUAUGUUUGUUUUCUACGGUCAUGGAUUGAAGCCUGUAUGUAUUUUUUAGGUAUUCUUAUCGCCAUCGUCCAUUGCUGUAAAUAUUGCUUGUGUGAAAUAAUGUUUUAGAGAAGGAAGUGUCUUCAACAACUGUUCAAGAAAAAUCAAUUGCACAUACAUUGAAAUUGAUGUAUGUAUAGAUCUACAUCUCAUGUGUUCUCAUUACGUCCUUCAAAUUACUAAAUUUCACAAAAACUUUAUUUUUAUUUAACUUUGUUGACCAAAUCAUUUACAUUAAAUUAGCCAUAUUAUUUUCUAAACGCAAACUGCAGCUUUAUAUUCGUCCUGCUUCGCUUCGCUUUUGGUGCCUCGCUAAUGUAUGGCCGUGGACACUUACCCAGAGAAUAAAAAGACUUCGUUAAAACUGCUUGA